AAACUGAAUUCUAUCAGUGUUUGUUGUAAAAUGGCAGAAGCUAGUGUCACAGUGUAUCAGAAGCAAUUCACCUGCGCAAUCUGUCAGGAUCUACUGAAGGAUCCAGUGACUACAGCCUGUGGACACAAUUACUGUAUGAACUGCAUUAAGAGCUGCUGGGAUCAGGAGGAUCAUGAUGGAGUUUACAGAUGCCCCCAGUGCAGACAGACCUUCAUACCAAGACCUGUUCUGGCCAGAAACACCAUGCUGGCUGAAGUGGUGGAGAAACUGAAGAAUACUGGACAACAAGUGACUGCUACUGACCAUUAUACUAGACCGGGAGAUGUGGAGUGUGAUUUCUGUACUGGGAGAAAACGCAAAGCUGCCAAGUCCUGCCUGAUGUGUCAGGCCUCUUACUGUGAAUCUCACCUCCAGCCUCACUAUGAGUCUCCAGCUUUUAAGAAGCACAAGUUGACUGAUGCCACUGGACGUUUGCAGGACAAGGUCUGUUCCCAGCAUGACAAACCCCUGGAGGUCUACUGCUGUACUGACCAGCAGUGUAUCUGUAAUCUGUGUACAAUGUAUGAACACAAUGGCCAUGAUACAGUAUCAGCUGAUGCACAAAGGACAGAGAUACAGGAAAAAAUAGGUGAAACACAGAAGGAAUUUCAGCAAAGAAUUCAGAUGAGACAAAAGGACCUGAAAGUUCUGAUAGAGGCUGUGGACUCAAUAACAAGAUCGGCACAGUCAGUUGUGGAAGACAACGAGAGAAUCUUCAAUGAGAUGAUCCGCUCCAUCCAGAGAAGACGCUCUGAGGUGACACAGAUGAUCAAAGAUGAGGCGAAGGCUGCAGUGAGUCAGGCUGAGAGAGACAUGGAGAGACUGAAGCAGGAGAUUGAUGAACUGAAGAGGAGACACUCUGAGCUGGAGCAGCUUUCACACACAGAUGAUCACAUCCAUUUCCUCCAGAGUUGGCAGAGUCUUCCUGUUGUCCCUGAAGUUGGAUUUGGACCCAGAAUCUCUGUCUAUCCACGCUGCUCUUUUGAGAACGUGAGGAAGGUGGUUUCUGAACUGAAGGAUCAACUGGAAAAUGUUUGCGAAAAGAAGACAGCAGAGUUGCAUCGCCCAGUUACCAAAGACACCGUCCUACCAGUAUUAGUGCCCAGGACCAGAGCAGAAUUCUUACACUAUUCCUGUCGGCUCACUCUGGACCCCAACACAGCAAACAGAAACCUUCAUCUGUCUGAGGGGAACAGAGUGGUGACAUGGAAGAGAGAGACACAGUCAUAUCCUGAUCACCAGGAGAGAUUUGACUCCCAAGUGCCGUGUACAGAGGGUCUGACUGGACGCUGCUACUGGGAGGUUGAGUGGAGCGGGCGUUCGAUUGGUAUAGCUGUCACAUAUAAAGGGAUCAGCAGGAAAGGAUGGGCUGACAACAGCAGGCUUGGAUGCAAUGACAAGUCCUGGUGUUUGUACUGCUUAGACUCCAGUUACUCAUUCUGGCAUAAUACUGUGCAAACUGCACUACCUGACCCCCCCUCCUCCAGGAUAGGAGUGUACCUGGAUCACAGGGCAGGAACUGUGUCUUUCUACAGCAUCUCUGACACAGUGACCCUCCUGCACAGGGUCCAGACCACGUUCACUGAGCCCCUCUAUCCUGCAUUUUAUCUUUGCAGCAGUACAGCCAAAUUGUGCUGAGUAUGUUAACAGGCUGUUAAAAGUAUCUCAAAAAUUAACUAAGUAAUUAAUACUAGAAAACAUAACUAUUGGCAGAGAACUGUUUGCUGAGGGCUCUUGGCUCUGUCAUAUAUAGAAUGGACCUUCAUUUUACCCCAGUGAGCCCUAAAACUGCACCAUCUGAGAUUAUAAAGAUAGAAGCAGGCAGUGAUUCCAGAAUCAGUGCACAGUUAAAGCCAAGGUGUGUCCUCCAGCGCUGGGGACACCCUGGACGGGAAGCCAGUCCAUCACAGAGCAGCCACUCACACAUCAUCACACACUGUGGACAAUUUACAGGUACCAGUUUAUCUAGAGAACAGCCAUACAGACACGGGCAGAACAUGAAAACACACAGAGACUGUGAUGUUGUGUUUGGCUUUGUACUGACCAGAAAAUACCUGUAUGCAUCUAAACAUUUCAAUUAUAAUUAAACCUGACUUGACGUUUAACUAAACCCAAGUCUAGGUUUGAUUCUUUCAGUCAGCAAAAUGUGCAGUUAGGAAAUAUGUGUGUGGGGGCUUAAUUUUUUCUGCCUUAACCUCUAUCCAUUUUCCAAACCACUUAUCCUUCUGGGUCGCAGGGCGUCCAGAGCCUUUUCUGGAAGCUAUGGGCACGAGCUUAAUUAAGUUAGUUAGCUCGGCGCACAAGUGUUCUCCCAAUUGCAGCAUUUACACAUAUAUCAUAUUGGGCCUCCCAGUCUAGACUAAUCCAGGUAUUUUCAAAAUUUUUCAGGGUCCCUGUCACUCAGUUCUCCCUGGAAUUGUCCCAAUGUCCCCCCCACCCCUGGUUGUAUGAGCUAUUAUUCAUGUUUACUGACUAGCUCAGUACACACACUUUCGCGCCCCAAGUAAAACUAUUGCAAAACUAUUUAUACCUUGUGAGUUCAUAUGGAAACGGACAGUGUUUGAUAUGUUAAUGAGAAACCUGAAAUUCCAACAGUGUAGAAUUGUUAUUAAUUAUGAGCAUUCCUUGCAGUACAGUGUUGAAUUAAUACUUAUAAACUUACAGUUUGUGAGUUUUGCCUGUAACAUCCGACAGUCAGUGUCCCGUACCAAUGGCAGAAGUUCAUAUAUGUAUUCUAAACAAUAAUUGGUAAAUUAUACCAUAGUUUUUAUAUGAUUUAUGACAGAUGGUAUAGAAUAGACCAUAAUAUGGAAAUGUGAAUAUAUAUGUUAUGCGGUGUGAUCCAGGUGUAUUUGUAUUAACCUUGGAAAGGGAUAUUAACUCUUGGGUCAGCAUUUGUUUUUCACAAUUUUGUUAAUGUCUUCUCCCUGUUUGGCCAGCAGGUGUCGCUGGCCAUUCUGUCCUCCCUGUUGUCCAAGCCCUUUGUGUGUUUCCCCAGCUCCCCUGACUGCUGCAUGGCUCAAUGAGCUGAGCGUGCGGCAACCUGUAAUCCCCUCGGUGAUGUUACAAUAUUACACGUUACCCUGUAUUGUAUAAUUUUUGUAUUUUGUUCCCUGCCAGUUCUUGUUCCAUGUGUUCCCUUGACAUUUCUUGUAGUUAGUAUUUCUUUUCCAUAUUUUGCUUUUUGACACCUCGUGGUUCUUUUCCUUCCUAGUUUUACCCAGUGUUUUAGUUUGAGUAAUAAACCCCCUUAUAUCUGAGCUGCCAGUGGAUCGUCACCUAAUUUUUUCUCCCUGCACCAUGCUUUGCUUUUGUAACAAUUAUCCUUAUGCUAAAAGACAUUGAACAUGCAUUGUAUGUAAACCUGACAUGAAGGAUGACAUGGAUUUGCUGAAAAGAGUGUUUGAUAAACAUAACUGCAGAAAACUCGGAAGCAUCGA